AUGGCAUAUCAAGUUGUAGUUGGGAAUUGUAUGCACAAGUUUGAAUCUUUUCUUUCUAUUUCAACUAAUGUUGAGCUCGUUAAAUCAGAGCUGGACCAUUAUUUGGAAGAGUCUCUUUUACCUAGGACUCUUGAUUUUGAUAUAUUAUCAUGGUGGAGAACAAAUGGCAUCAAAUAUCCUACUUUGCAUGAUAUUUCUAGGGAUAUUUUGACCAUUCCUGUGUCUACAGUUGCUUCAGAGUCGGCAUUUAGCACUAGUGGAAGAAUUGUAAGCCCCCAUCGUAAUCAACUUCAUUCAAAAACUGUGGAGGCCUUGAUGUGUGCUCAAGAUUGGCUAUGGAAUGAGAUAAAAGGUUCAAACUCUACAGCAUUGUUCCAGGGCUACACAUCUGAUAAUGAUGUUGAGAAUGAGGGAUCUUACACUGAAGAAGUUGAAAACAUCACUUUGUGCGAUUAA